AUGGGAAAUUACGCUUCAGCUUGCAAUUCCAUGUUGUCGCCUAGAAUCAAGAGCAACAAAGCAGCCAGAGUUAUAUUUCCGGCCGGUGAAAUCCGACAGUUUCAGGAGUCCGUCGAGGCGGCAGAGAUCAUGCUCGAGUGUCCCGACUUCUUCCUCGUCAACUCCCAGUCGUUAAACAUCAACAGAAGAUUUUCACCUCUGUCAGCGGAUGAAGAAUUGGAGUCUAAUAACAUUUAUAUUAUGUUUCCGAUGAGGAGGUUGAAUUCGAUGGUUACACCUGCGGAUAUGGCGGUUUUCUGGAUGGCAGCUAACAAUGCCGCUAAGCGGAUUUCGGGGAGGAUAUCUCCGGAGUUGGAGAAAAGUGGCGAUGUGAACGUGGUGGAGACGGAGCACCGGAGUGUGGUGGUGGAGAUGCCGGAAUUUAGUUAUAGGCUGGCGUUUUGUAGGUCAAGAAAACCGUCACUCGGCACAAUUACGGAGGAGCCUAGUUGUUGUUGA